GCAUUUUAAAAUGUUUAAGUACCUAUUGCGAUACAUGUUUUAACCAUUAUACAAUCUUAAUGAGAUUUUCGCCGAAAUGAGAUUUAGUAGAGAAAAAAAUCGAUUCGCGAAGUGAAAGAAAACUCGACAUCGUAGGUGUAUAUAGUUACAUUGUUUGAAACAGUGACGUGAUUUUAAAAGCUUUACGUAAUGCUGAAAAGUUACAUUUUCAACUGAAAUUAAACGUGAAUGUUUAUAGUUUUACUUACGUAAUUUCUCGAUUCGAUUGUGAAAAAUGAAUUUACCUAAAUCGAACGUCUUUCAUUAUUUUUCAAUUCGUUUUAUUAUUUAGAAAGUGAUAGAUUAAAAAUCAAUAACGUAAUAACGUUUCCUUCAAAAUACCAGAAUACAAUUUGAAGCCUUUCAAAGCGGAAUUACUCAUGGAUGUAUUCGAUAAACGAGACGACAGCUACGACGAAUUAAUUGUCGACACGGUGGUGGAAAAAUUCUGCGGCAAGACAGAAAUACAAAAUUUCUACACCGAUAAGACUAUUUUAAUCACCGGAGGUUCGGGAUUUCUCGGCUUACUAUUGAUUGAAAAAUUACUUCGAUCGUGUUCCGAUUUGAAAAAAGUAAUUUUGAUUGUACGAGAAAAAAGAGGAAAAUCCGUUCGAACGAGGAUAAAGGAAAUAUUCAACGAUGAGAUAUUCGAGAAAAUGAAAAUACAAAAUCCUAAUUACUGGAAAAAGGUACAAAUUAUAACGGGAUGCUGCGAAGCGCCGAUGAUGGGUAUGGGCGAAGACCAAGUAAAAAAGCUCCAAUCUGAAGUAAACAUCGUCUUUCAUUCAGCUGCCACUGUUCGAUUCGACGAACAUAUUCGCAAUGCGUACGAAACCAACGUCAGCGGUACGAAAUAUCUGUUGGAAAUUGCCAAAGGAAUGAGAAAUCUCAAGGCGUUUGUUUAUGUAUCGACGGCGUACGCUCAAUCUCAUUUACCGCAUAUUGAAGAGAAAAUCUACCCCGGAGCGUUAACUGAUGAAGAAAUGUCGAUUUUAUUGAAAGGACUGGAUGAUAAGACGCUGGGAUGCCUGACACCGAUUAUACUAAAUGGUCGAUUCAAUACUUACACGAUGACAAAAGGUAUCGCCGAAGAAGUUGUAGCUAAACACAGACACGAACUUCCAGUCGCCAUAUUCAGACCAUCGAUAGUUACCGCAACUGUAUCUGAUCCUUUGACUUGCUGGACGAAUAAUAUCUACGGAGCGACUGGAGUAUUUGUAGGUUCUGGUGUUGGAUUUUUAAGAACAUUGUAUUGUGAUCCGGAUUGCAAAGCUGAGAUCGUUCCGGCAGAUCGAGUCGUCAGUGGUUUAAUCGCAGUUCCUUUACAUAUUCAGAAAAAUUAUUACAAUGCAUCGCAAGAUACGAGUAGAAGCUUGGUGAAAGAUCCUGUGUAUAAUUUUGUGGCCAAUCAGUCGAAUGUUCUCACGUGGGGUUCAUUACAAGAGGUUAUGAUUGGUUUAGCCAAAGAAAGAUCUUUAGCUACUGAUACGAUGAUUUGGACUUUUCACCUUUCGUUAGAUAAACAUUACACUCUCUGGUUGAUAAAAUACUUUUUAUUCCAUCUAUUCCCAGCACCUUUCUUCAUGCUAAUGGAGCUUAUCAUGAAACAAAAACCAAGGAUAUGGAACGGUUACAUAAAAUUAUACAAGUAUACACAGCUGUAUUCGUUUUUCAUGGUUCGAUCGUGGCAAAUUGGUGAAACGAACACCAAAGAUUUAUACAACUCGAUGACUCGUGAGGAUAAAUUAUUGUUCAAUUGCAAAACGGAAAUUGAUUGGGAUUAUUACUUCUUUUACAUGACCAAAGGUUUAGGAAACUAUAUAGUCAAGUUUAACUGGAACAACAGCCAUAAAGUUCAAACGAGAGCAAAAAUUUUGGGUAUCAUCGAUCGAGCUUUAAUUUGGAGUGCCCGUGGACUAAUGUUUUUGUUAGGGUUUAAAUUAAUAUUAGCAGUGAUCAAUUAUUUCUUAGUUGUUUGAGUUCUAAAUAUACGCACCUUCUUAUACUCAUUUCAUUUUAUACUUAAAUAAAUUUUCUUUUGUAACACAA